CGGGGCUGCGGGCCGGACGCGGCGGCGCGCACGCAGGCCUUGCUUCUCCCGGGCCUUCUCCCUCACGCCGGCCGCAGGGCGGGCGCGCACGCCGAGUGACGCUCGGAGGAGGAAGCGCAGCCCCCUUCCCCUCCCUGGCUGCCCCUGGCCCAGCGGGAGCCCCCCCAGUGCGCCUGUGCGGAGGCCUACUUGAUUAUGUGUGCCCUCUCCGGGCUCCUGCGUUAGCGGCCGGGUGGAGGUGGGGAGGAAAGAAGACGAGGAGGAGGAGGAGGCGGAGGAGGCGGAGGAGGCGGUGGAGGGGAGGUGGGGGGAGUCAGCAAGGACAUGGCUCCUGACUCCUGUGCGGAACGUGAGUGACUGAGCGGCAAAGCCCGAAUGGUCUCUAGCGACCGGCCCGUGUCACUGGAGGACGAGGUCUCCCAUAGUAUGAAGGAGAUGAUUGGAGGCUGUUGCGUUUGCUCAGACGAGAGAGGCUGGGCCGAGAACCCGCUGGUUUAUUGCGACGGGCACGGCUGCAGCGUCGCGGUGCAUCAAGCUUGCUAUGGCAUUGUUCAAGUACCCACUGGACCAUGGUUUUGCAGGAAAUGUGAAUCUCAGGAGAGAGCAGCCAGAGUGAGAUGUGAACUGUGUCCUCAUAAGGAUGGAGCUUUAAAAAGAACAGAUAAUGGGGGUUGGGCUCAUGUGGUUUGUGCCCUGUAUAUUCCAGAGGUACAGUUUGCCAAUGUUUCUACAAUGGAACCAAUUGUUUUACAGUCUGUUCCACAUGAUCGUUACAAUAAGACUUGCUACAUUUGUGAUGAACAAGGAAGAGAAAGCAAAGCAGCCACUGGUGCUUGCAUGACCUGUAAUAAACACGGAUGUCGACAGGCUUUCCAUGUGACAUGUGCUCAGUUUGCAGGACUACUUUGUGAAGAAGAAGGGAAUGGUGCGGAUAAUGUCCAAUACUGUGGCUACUGUAAAUACCAUUUUAGUAAGCUGAAAAAGAGCAAACGGGGAUCUAAUAGGUCAUAUGAUCAAAGUUUAAGUGAUUCUUCCUCUCACUCUCAGGAUAAACAUCAUGAGAAAGAGAAAAAAAAAUAUAAAGAAAAGGACAAACACAAACAGAAACAUAAGAAGCAACCAGAACCGUCACCUGCAUUGGUUCCUUCUUUGACUGUUACCACAGAGAAAACUUAUACGAGCACUAGCAGCAACUCUAUUUCUGGAUCAUUGAAGCGCUUGGAAGAUACUGCAGCUCGAUUUACAAAUGCAAACUUCCAAGAAGUCUCUGCGCACACCACUAGUGGAAAAGAUGUUUCAGAGGCUAGAGGGUCAGAGGGCAAAGGGAAGAAAUCUUCAGCUCACAGCUCAGGUCAAAGGGGAAGAAAACCUGGUGGAAGAAAUCCAGGAACGACUGUGUCAGCAGCUAGUCCUUUCCAGCAAGGCAGUUUUUCAGGAACUCCAGGCAGUGUAAAAUCAUCUUCGGGAAGUUCAGUACAGUCUCCCCAGGAUUUCUUGAGCUUUACAGACUCAGAUCUGCGUAAUGACAGUUAUACUCACUCCCAACAGUCAUCAUCAACCAAAGAUGUACAUAAAGGAGAGUCUGGAAGCCAGGAAGGGGGGGUAAAUAGUUUUAGUUCCAUAAUGGGUCUCCCUUCGACCUCAGCUGUUAUUUCACAGCCUAAAAGCUUUGAAAAUUCACCUGGAGAUUUGGGUAAUUCCAGCCUUCCAACAGCAGGAUAUAAGCGGGCUCAAACUUCUGGCAUAGAAGAAGAAACUGUAAAGGAAAAGAAAAGAAAAGGAAAUAAACAAAGUAAGCAUGGGCCUGGUAGACCUAAAGGAAACAAAAAUCAAGAGAAUGUUUCUCAUCUCUCAGUUUCUUCUGCUUCACCAACAUCGUCUGUAGCAUCAGCUGCAGGAAGUGUAACAAGCUCUAGUCUUCAGAAAUCUCCUACAUUGCUCAGGAAUGGAAGUUUACAAAGUCUUAGUGUUGGCUCAUCUCCAGUUGGUUCAGAAAUUUCCAUGCAGUAUCGGCAUGAUGGAGCUUGUCCAACAACUACUUUCUCAGAGUUGCUGAAUGCAAUACACAAUGACAGAGAUGACAAUUCUACACUAACAAAGCAGGAACUUAAAUUCAUAGAUAUUUCUAGAUCAGUUGAGAGUGAGUGUAUUUAUAACAGCAAUGAUGUAGCAGUAUCAUUUCCAAAUGUAGUAUCGGGCUCAGGAUCUAGUACUCCUGUCUCCAGUUCUCAUUUACCUCAGCAGUCUUCUGGGCAUUUGCAGCAAGUGGGAGCUCUCUCCCCGUCAGCAGUGUCAUCUGCAGCCCCUGCUGUUGCUACAACUCAGGCCAAUACACUGUCUGGAUCUUCUCUUAGUCAGGCACCAUCUCAUAUGUAUGGCAGUAGAUUAAAUCCAAGUUCAUCAAUGGCAGCUCUUAUAGUUCAGUCUGAAAACAAUCAAACAGAUCAAGAUCUUGGAGACAAUAGCCGCAGCCUUGUUGGCAGAGGAAGCUCACCCCGAGGAAGUCUCUCACCACGAUCUCCUGUGAGCAGCUUACAAAUUCGCUAUGAUCAACCAGUCAACAGCAGUUUGGAAAAUCUGCCUCCAGUAGCAGCCAGCAUAGAACAGCUUUUGGAGAGGCAGUGGAGUGAAGGACAGCAGUUUUUAUUAGAACAGGGUACUCCCAGUGACAUUUUGGGAAUGCUGAAGUCAUUACACCAACUUCAAGUUGAAAAUCGGAGAUUGGAAGAGCAGAUUAAAAACUUGACAGCCAAAAAGGAACGUCUUCAGUUAUUGAAUGCACAGCUCUCAGUGCCUUUUCCAACAAUAACAACAAAUCCUAGUCCGUCUCAUCAAAUGCAUGCAUUUUCAGCACAGAAUGCUCCUACCACUGAUUCCUUGAACAGCAGUAAGAGCCCUCAUCUAGGAAACAGCUUUUUACCUGAUAAUUCUCUUCCUGUGUUAAAUCAGGACUUAACCUCCAGUGGACAAAGCACCAGCAGCUCUUCUGCUCUUUCUACUCCCCCUCCUGCUGGGCAGAGUCCAGCGCAGCAGGGCUCUGGUGUUAGUGGAGUGCAGCAGGUCAAUGGUGUGACGGUGGGGGCACUGGCUAGUGGAAUGCAGACUGUAACAUCCACCAUUCCUGCAGUGCCUGCAGUGGGUGGAAUAAUUGGAGCUUUGCCAGGUAACCAACUGGCAAUUAAUGGCAUUGUAGGAGCUUUAAAUGGGGUUAUUCAGACCCCUGUCACAAUAUCCCAGAACCCUACCCCCCUCACCCAUACAACUGUACCACCUAAUGCAACACAUCCAAUGCCAGCUACACUGACGAACAGUGCCUCAGGACUAGGAUUACUUUCUGACCAGCAAAGACAAAUAUUUCUUCACCAACAGCAGUUUCAGCAGUUGUUAAAUUCUCAACAGCUCACGCCAGAGCAGCAUCAGGCCCUCCUGUACCAGUUAAUGCAGCAGCACCACCACCAGCAGCACCACCCGCCGGAACUGCAGCAGCUCCAGAUCCCUGGGCCCACGCAGAUCCCCAUCAACAACCUGCUGGCAGGAGCUCAGGCGCCGCCCCUCCACCCAGCCACCACCAACCCAUUUCUUACCAUCCACGGUGACAAUGCCAGUCAGAAAGUAACAAGACUUAGUGAUAAAACUGGGCCUGUCACUCAAGAGAAAAGUUGACACUUGAGAAACCUCUAGAUCGCCUCUCCUGCUGCUCUAGCACUUCCUCUGGCUGCCAUUGCAGCCCUCCUACACCUAUGAAGAAAUGCGACAAGAAAUGAACUGCACAACAAAGGAUUAAUUGCCGCAAGGACUUUCUUGUAAGGCUUUGAUUAAUUUUCUUGUUGCUUUGUUGCACUGAAAUGGAAUUCCCAUAUAUCCCCCAUCCCUCAACCCAGAUUUUUUUGAACUUUGAAAAAAAAAUUUAAUAACUAACUUUUGUCAAUGAAAUAAUUACAUGCAAUGAGUUUAUCAACCUAAGAGGAAUUUAAUGUAGUUGGUGCACAACUAAUUUUGUUAUAAAUUGGAGAGAUGAACAGCAAAACUAAAGAGUUGUUCCAUUUAUAAACUUUGAUUUUGUUGUACCAGUUAGAAUAUGAAAUAUAGUAUUUUGUUUGGGUUACAGUAUGCUCGCUCUGUGAGUCAGAUCUUAGGACAAAUUUUAAGGAACUGUCCAAUAUCUUCUAUUGGAGUUUUAUUGGUUAAGUAUUGCAAAUUAAUAGGUCAUCAACUGGGAC